CUCAUUCUAUUGUGUUCGUGUUUGCUAUCUCGUUAACUGGCGAAGUACUAGCAGUGUCAGGCCUAUAUUUGAUCACAAUCGUAACCUAGUUCCACUUGUUCUCAUUACUAUUCUCUUAGUUGGACAUGAAUUGGUCGAAUAGUAGGCUGACACUAACACAGUCGAGGAGAUACUGACUUAUGUACCACCUCUAACGUUGGGCCUAGUCAAGACCUCCGCACCUCCAACAUCACCGAGCUUCAUCUUCACCAACGCACACCCACUGCAGACUCUCGUUCUUUGCGUACCUGUACAUUCUGCAACAUGGCAAGUCAGAGCGAGAAGGUACCCAAAGUGGGCAUAUUGUCGCUGGGUUCUAUGGGUGCGGGAUUAGCCCGCCUUCUCAUCGCGCAUGGUUUCCCCGUUGCGACAAACGUCCAAGGCAGAAGCCAGGACACAAUAGAACGGGCACGCGAUACCGGAGCUGAGAUACUGGCUUCUGACAUCGAGCUGGUGGAGCAAUGCCAGGUCAUCUUGUCUGUGUUGCCUCCCAAGGACGCCGAGGCCACAGCGCAACGAGUGAUCGAUGCUCUGUCCGGGACCAAGCCAAAGGAGGACAUCUACUACAUUGACCUCAACGCCAUCUCGCCUGCCUCGACCAAGGCCUUGGCGAACCUGUUCGAAAAGGCAAGGACACCUAUCAAGUUCAUCGACGGAUGCAUUCUCGGUGGCCCGCCUCAACAGAAGUCUUCCGGUAAAGAGGCCCUGCUAGUUUCCAAAACACAGAAUGACGAUUCGGACUGGAUCGUACCCAGGAUGCCCAUCUCUGGCCCUCAUUCGCUCGCCAGCGUUCCGUCCGGCGAACGUCUGGCUUCGCUGCUGAACUUCCGAUCUAUAUCACCCGAGAUUGGUGCUGCCUCUGGACUGAAGAUGUGCUUCGCCUCCAUGGCCAAGGGGUACACUGCCCUUGUCACCCAGUCCUUCACGACCGCGCAUAGCCUCGGGGUUGCGGAGGCGCUGCGCGAGGAGAUGCAGGAGCUGAUGCCGACGCAGCUGACCGCGCUCGAAAAGUCCGUUUCAGACAUGGUGCCCAAGGCCUAUAGAUGGGUGAGGGAGAUGGAGGAGAUUGCAGCGACGAUGAGUGACGCGGGUGGCUGGAGCAGGGAGAUGUUUGAGGGCGCGGCGGGCAUCUUUCGAGAAGUAGCGGCGAACGAGGUCCUCAAGCAUGAGAAGACGGAAAAGAGAAGCAGAGGCCAGACUGUAGAUGAUGUUGCUGCCCUGAUGUCGGAGGGGCUGGCGAAGAAGAGGAAGAAGAUGGAAUAGACCUUGUACAUAUUACAUUGAUACAUAGAUAUAUACACACACAUUGAUGUGUGGCGCCUUUACAUGGCAUCUUCAAGAGCUGUCUUGAGCUCCAUAGGGCAGAUUGAGCAGGGAACCAGGCAUGUUGACCUUGAAAGGUUGGCCUUUGGGAUCUGCGACAAAGAACCCUUGUUCUGACGAUACGCCGAAUACA